GGGUCAUGGUUUUGACCAUGGCCAUGUGUUUCAACAUUUUGUGAAUGUGGGCAAGAGGGCAGGUUUUUAUUGCUCUCAAUGAUAAGGAAGUGUUCUGGUUCUUCAUAGCGGUGUGUCCUCCUAAAGGUAUGGAAAAAGGAGCAGAUCCAGAAAUGAUACAAAGGAAGGUGAUGGAAAAUUUGGCAAAGGACUUCCAACCCGUGUACCUCGAUGUCGUCAAGCACUCCGAUCUUUUGAGUUUGACAUGGGCGCCACUGAUGUUCCGAUAUCCUUGGGACAUUUUGUUUGGAAACCUAGUCCGAUCAAAUGUCACGGUGGCUGGAGACAAUGCACCCGAUGACUCCCGACUUGGGCUAGGGGGGCGUUUGGCUCUCGAGGAUGCGGUGGCAUUGGGUAGGCACCUCGGGGACUCAAUUGCCAAGCACGGCAAACUGGUGACCAGAGAUAUCGGAUUUGCUAUUGGGAGGUACGCAAAGGAGAGGAGAUCGAGGGCGGCGACACUGAUAACAACAUCGUACUUGUUGGGAUGGGUGCAACAAGAUGGGUCUAGUCAAUUCAUGAGGUUCCUAAGAGAUGUCGUAUUCUAUGGGCUCCUCUUGGGUAGAGUAGUGAAUGGUUUUAUAGGAUAUGAUUGUGGGAAGCUUCCUGGUGUAUCCUCUUUGCCUUCAUGUGAAUCCGAAAACUCCAUCUAAUUAUGGAGUUGCAAA